UGAGUCAUGGCCUUAUAUGUCAUGUGAUCAUAAAACUUUUUGUUAUUUUGUUUGUUUAAUUUACAGUAAUAACCUUGUAGAGGGUUCAAAUGGGGAGGUGCAGACACGUGGAUGCUUUACCAGAAUAACCCAUUAGAACUGUAGAGAUUCAUGCAAAAAUGUAAGCUGUAUUCAGGCUUCCUGUAAACAUGUGGCGCGCGAGCUGCUGAUGCGGUCAUGUGACUUUUCGUUUUACAACCGCUUGACUUGUUUAAGUUCUUGCGAUCUUCCACAGAAAGUCCGUCAGUGCGCAGGUCGUCUGAGCUCGCACGUGCCCGUUUGUCCUCUGUCUGCGUGCAGGUCUUCAGUUCUAACGGGGAAGAUGUUCGGGAAGGCAGCCGUGGUCGGUGUCCUGGUUUCGGCGGUGCUGUCCUCCGCUUCCGCCGGGGUGUUCUUCAACAAGAAACAGCCCUGCUAUGUUCGCAAAGCCGGGACGAACCUGUCCGGAGUCAGGACCGCUCCUCGACCUCAUGAAUAUUUAAAUGUUUCCGAUCUGCCCAAGUCCUGGGACUGGAGGAGCAUCAACGGCGUCAACUUUGCCAGCACCACACGGAACCAGCACAUUCCCCAGUACUGUGGAUCCUGCUGGGCCCAUGGCAGCACCAGUGCCAUGGCAGAUCGCAUCAAUAUCAAGCGAAAAGCAGCCUGGCCUUCUGCAUAUCUUUCUGUCCAGCAUGUGAUCGACUGUGGCGAGGCUGGCUCCUGCCAUGGUGGAGAUCACACUGGGGUGUGGGAGUUUGCCCACACUCACGGCAUUCCGGAUGAGACCUGCAACAACUAUCAGGCCAAAGAUCAGGAUUGCAAGCCCUUCAACCAAUGCGGCACCUGCACCACCUUCGGAGUGUGCAAUGUGGUGAAGAACUACACCUUGUGGAAGGUCGGAGAUUACGGUGCUGUCAGCGGGAGAGAGAAGAUGAUGGCUGAGAUCUACGCCAACGGACCGAUCAGCUGUGGGAUUAUGGCCACAGAUAAACUGGACGCUUACACGGGCGGUGUAUACUCGGAGUACCAGGACGAGCCUUUCAUCAACCACAUCGUGUCGGUAGCAGGAUGGGGGAUGGAGGACGGCGUCGAGUACUGGAUCGUUCGCAACUCCUGGGGAGAGCCCUGGGGUGAGAAGGGCUGGCUCCGGAUUGUGACCAGCGCCUACAAAGGAGGAAGCGGCAGCUCGUAUAAUCUGGCGGUGGAGGAGGACUGCAUGUAUGGAGAUCCGAUUGUUCCCAAAAACUAUGUGUAGAUCAGCCUUUAGUCAGCUUUCUGCUGUCAUCAUUUUCAAAUCAGGGAAAGAGGAAACUUUAAUACUCGUAAAUAUAAAAAAAAGGGAACUUUCUCUAGGGCUUCCAGAUCAACAUCACAUCUGUUUUAGAUUUUUAUGAUAAAUAUUCUGCUGUUUUAAGGAGCUCACUCGUUGCUCAUUUCUUGAUUUUCAAGCAACAACAAAAUUUUAACUAGAUAAUGCUUUGAAUUUUUUAAAAGACAGACGUGGGGUGACUUCCCAUGAUGCACUACACGCUAAUGAAAACUCACUUUUAAAUGUGCCUUGUGUGCCUCAGCAUGAAGCUCAGAUAGUUGCAUCUUGCUGUUUUUAUGCUCAUUUUGCACUUGAAAUGAUUCAAAGAUGUCAAACUAUGCCAAUAAACAUGUAUUAUCAGACAUU